ACCCGCAUGCGUCGCGCUGCGGCUCUGCUGCUGCUCCUGUUUUCGGGGACGACGAACGACGGGAUCAGGGCCGAGUGCUGCGGUGCUGGAUCGAGCGGCUCGGGGCCGGCCUCCUGAGGUGCGCGCGUGGGAAGGUGCUCAGGAGGCGGUGCUUGGAUCUGAAGGCUCUGCGCCCGCCGUGCUCGCGCCUGCUGCUGCGCUCUGCUGCUGCCGCGCGCCGCUGGCUGGCAGUUCGCUGGCCGCGGCGCCUAUAUCCCCUUGCCUCCCGCCCACCUCCAUCCCGUCUCUCUCCCCUUCCCGCCUCAGGCUCGCUCGCUUCACGCAGCACCCCCACACGCCUCGUCAGGCAUCCACUCCGCCAUGCAGCUCCUGCCGCUCUCCCUCGCCGCACUCUCGGCCGCCGCCUUUGCCACGGCGCACGCCGACGGCUCCGCCUCCGGCUCGCCGCACGCGCGCGCCGCCGAGCUGGCCGCGCGCCUCGGCGGCGGCGCCCACACGCACGCCCACGGCAAGCGCGCCUGCCAGGCCGGCAUCGAGCACCUGCGGCCGCGCGACCACGAGCUGCGCGCGCGCCAGCUGCCGAGCGUCUCGGGCAACGGCCUGCCGUACCCGACGCCGGGCGAGGUGCCCAACCCGUCCACGCUGCCGCAGGCGUGGCGCGACGCCUACGAGGCGGCCAAGGCGCGCGGCGAGAUCCCCGACAUCCGCCGCAGCAUCCUCAACAACGUCACCAGCGCCGUCGACUACCCGGCGUCGCAGGACAUGUCGCAGGUCUGCUCCUGGACGACGCAGAAGUGCUUCAACAACGACCUCGUCACGGCGCCGUACGGCGCCAUUGCCUGGGGCAUCGACGACGGCCCCACGCCCGACGGCACCACGCCGCUCAUCGAGGUCAUGAAGAGCAAGAACAUCGUCGCGACGCACUUCCUCAUCGGCAGUGCCAUCGCGUGGAACUGGCCGGUGAUGCAGCAGCUCGCCGCCGUCACGCCGCAGCCGCACUUCGGCACGCACAGCUGGUCGCACCAGCUGCAGACGAGCAACAGCGACCUCGAGAUCCUCGGCGACCUCGGAUGGGCCAGCCAGAUUGUGCUCGACGCCACGGGCAAGGUGCCCAUGUACUUCCGCCCGCCGGAGGGCGACGUCGACAACCGCGUGCGCGCCAUUGCCAAGGUGCUCGGCCUGCAGAUCGGCAUGUGGAGUGAGGACCACGACUUUGACGACUGGUGCCUGCGGCAGGGCACGGGCACGGCGCGCGAGAUCACCUCGUGCGUGCAGACGGCGCCGGAUCUCGAGACGGUGACGCGCAACCAGGUGCAGAGCGUCACGGGCAACAACAUCACGGGCGCCAUCACGCUGCAGCACGAGACGACGGACCAGGCCGUCAAGGCCUUCUCGUCGCUCUACGAUGCCGCGGCGGCCAACACGCCCAAGUGGCGCAUCGCCGGUGCGCUGCCGGAGCUGUGGCAGCCCGCGCUGCCGUGGUACAACAACCAGUACGGGCCCGACUCGCCCACGACGCAGACGACGAGCGUGCUGCCCACCAAGCAGUUCAUCACGGUGCGCGACGGCACGCAGCUGCAGCAGGACCUGGGCGACUGGGCGUCCGAGGCCAACGGCGGCGCUCCGUCCAGCUCCAGCUCGUCUCGCUCCGGCUCGUCGUCGAGCACGCGCUCGGGCUCGUCGGCCGCAGCCACGACUCGCUCCAGCACCUCGAACGGCACGGCUGCCGCCCAGUCCGACACGCGCGCCUCGGGCAGCGCCGCGGCCUCGUCGCCUGCCGUCGCGCUGCUGCUGUCGGCCGUCGGCACCGCCGCCCUCCUCCUCGCUGCCCUCUAAUCGUCCGUUGCACACUCCCUCUACCCUUGCUCCCGUUGUGCACGCUGCAGACGCGGAUGCCCACCUUCAUGUCGUCUCUGCCUCUCGCCUCAGCCACCCACCCACAUCAUCUCAUGACCCCUUCACAUACUUGUCUCGCGCCUCUUUCACAUUUCGAGUCGCGCCACGCUGCGCAGGACGCUCUCUCUCUUUCGAUAGACAAUAAAUAGCCUCCGGCAGA